AUUCCAGAUGUUUAUUUUAAAAAAGUUAGAGGAAUAAUUAUUUGUUAUGACAUUUCGAAUAGAUCAAGUUUUGAGAAUGUGGAAAGGUGGAUUGAAAUUUCGAAAUUAAAUCCAAAAGUGGAAUGUGAAAUAAUUCUAGUUGGAACCAAAUCAGAUUCGCCUUCACGUCAAGUUUCGUACGAAGAAGGUCUGGAAUUAUCGACGAAACAUGAACUGAAACUCUUUUUCGAAACUUCUUCCAAAACAGGUGAAAAUGUCAAUGAAAUGUUUUAUGAAUUAUUGAAGUUAUUGGCGAGAUUUAAUUCAUUAAAUACGGAUUCGAAUGUGAAAAUUCCAAAAGAAGAAAUCAAUGGAAAAUCAUGUAAUAUUAUUUAA